AUGUGGACGUCGCUGGAGCUGCAUCUGGCCACCGCCAAGAGCAGUAAGAGCAGUGGUAGCCACAGUAGCAAUAGCAGUAGUCACAGCGCGGCCACCCCUAUAACCCCAACUAGUGUACCACUCACGAAGCUGUUGGGGGGUGAGGGACUCAUGCGGACGGCGGUGGAGCUGCAUCUGGACACGCUAGGAGCAGCAGUAGCAGUAGAAAGAGCAGUAGCAGCAAGAGCAGUAGUAGCAGGCGAGGGCUCCGUGGCAGCUCCAGGGGCGGCUGCUCUAGGGGCGGCUGCUCCAGGGGCGGCUGCUGCAGGGGCGGCUGCCCUAGGGGCGGUUGCUGCAGGGGUGGCUGCUCCAGGGGCGGCUGCUGCAGUGGCGGCUGCUCCAUGGGCGGCUGCUGCAAGGGCGGCUGCUCCAGGGGCGGCUGCUGCAGGGGUUGCUUCUCCAGGUGCGGCUGCUGCAGGGGCGGCUGCUCCAGGGGCGGCUGCUGUAGGGGCGGCUGCUUCAAGGGCGGCUAUUGCAGGGGUGGCUGCUCUAGGGACGGCUGCUGUAGUGGCGGCUGCUCCUGGGGCGGCUGCUUCAGGGGUGGCUGCUCCAGGGGCGGCUGCUGCAGGGGAGGCUGCUCCAGGGGCAGCUUCUGCUGUGGCGGCUGCUCCAAGGGCGGCUGCUGCAGGGGCGGUUGCUCCAGGGGCGGCUGCUGCAGUGGCGGCUGCUCCAGGGGCGGCUGCUGCAGUGGCGGCUGCUCCAGGGGCGGCUGCUGCAGUGGCUGCUGCUCCUGGGGCGGCUGCUUCAGGGGUGGCUGCUCCAGGGGCGGCUGCUGCAGGGGCGGUUGCUCCACGGGCGGCUGCUGCAGUGACUGCUGCUCCAGGGGCGGCUGCUGCUGGUGUGGCUACUCCAGGGGCGGCUGCUGCAGUGGCGGCUGCUCCAGGGCGCGGGUUAGGGCAGGGCGCGGCGACGGGCAGGGGUGACGCCACGCGGGUCCCGCAGGGGCGUCGCGACGCACAGGAGCCGCGCCCCGCGGGUCCCGCAGGGGUGACGCGACGAGGCGGGGGCGAUGCGGCGGGGCCGCGAAGGGCGACGGGGCGGGGUCGCUACGGGCAGCGGGGUAGGGCUGCGAAGAGAGCCGUGAGGGGUCCGCGAGGGGGCCGUGAAGGGGCCGUGAAGGGUCCAUGA